AAAUGAAGGCAGGAGGAAACCAACCAACGAACCCGCCAGCCAGCCAACAACCAGCCGACAAGCCAACCAGCCGACAAGCCAGCCGACCAACCAAAUUAACCUAAACAAGUUAACUACGCUCAAAAGACACAAAACGGUGUGAAGUUUUCGGCUGCAGUCAGGCUGGCUCUGCAUUCUUCUGGUUAAAUACAGCAACUGUGAGAUUUUAUAUACUUUUCGAAGAGGAUUCUUUAUAAGUUCUUCUUAAUUUUUGCUCUUUCUUGCCGUCGCUGUCUUUAUAAUUUUCUCUGUGGUCUCUCUCUUUUCCGUGUGUCUUUCGUACUCUGCUACUGAAAGAAGAUAAUAGCAACAGCAACCAGGAUAAUAACGACAACGAAGACAAACGUUAUCGUAUUUAUGGAUCAAUGACUACGGUGUCACUACCAUCACAAUCACCGGCACCACCACCAAGAACAACGACAACAACAGUUUGACACGGACACACAGACACACAUAUAAAACAUAAAACAUUAAAUCAUAACGAUAAUAUUUAAUAAAUACAAUCAAGCUGAAAGAUUGAGAGACGAAGGAAAACUUAAGAAAUCCAAGCUUGUAGUAAACCAGACCUAGUUUCAUCAUCGAGAAAGCAGUCUUUAUUGUGUGCAAAGGGAACAAUGACUUUGGAAGAACCAAUUCCAUUACCUAACGAUUUCAGAUUCAAUCCAAACCCAAACAAAUGGCAACCUACGAAGAAAUUAAUCAGUCGGACAGGUUAUUUCUUAUGCAUCAACGAAGAUGGACUCGUAUACAGCAGCAUCGAACACGUGGAUUGCAACGCUUUGUUGCAGUUUGAAACAGUGGAUACAGGAAUAGUAACAAUCAAAGGAGUGCAGAGCGGCCGAUACUUGGCAUUCAAUAGCAAAGGAGUUUUAUGUGGUGUGCCAACCAAAGAUGAGUCUUGUAGUUUCCACGAAAGGAUGAAAAGCCUAUACACGCUUUACAAAUCAGAGAAAUAUUCCAAGAAAAAAUGGUUCCUUGCUAUUAGCAAACGCGGCAGAAUAAAGAACGGCAGAAAGUCACGAACACGAAAGAAACAUUCCCAAUUUUUACCAAUAAAAGAUAUGUGAAGGAGUAACCAAGACGACCAGAAUAAAGGAAAUAACUAAAAUAAAUUAUUGUAGCUGGAAAACAAUAAAAACAAAAAACAAAAAUGAAGCCAAAAACAAACAAAAUAACAAAUAAAAAUGAAAAAUAUUAUACAACUAACGAAAGAAAGUGAAACCUCUUGAUCUAUCAAUGGUAAAUUCUAGAAUCAUUUGUCUACCGUCCAUUUAUUAGAAUUUCCUUCAUUAAUAAAUAUAUGAUCUGACGAAGGCUAGCAGGCCGAAACUUCGAAGUCAUUGUCACCCUUUCUUGUAAAGAUUUAAUAAACAUAUUCUUUACUAA